AUGCUCAGCAGCCAGUCUGGAAGUAGACGCUGGACGCAUUUUCACUCGGCGCUUAUCCUUGCCGUUCAGCGAUCAGCACACAAAUGGACGUUUGAGGACUUUGCGGAAUGCUUCCCUCUUUUUGUAGAGUCAGAUAGAAACGGCUCCUCUGCGACAUAUAAUAGUAUCUCGGAAUACAUAGAAACCCAGAAUUUGCGAGACCUGGAUAAACUAUUCACAGACUACAACGUCAAAGAAAAAAUCGACGUGCUUCAUAAAGUUGUUAUCGAGGCCAAAGAUAGGAAAGAAAAGGGUGACCUGGGGAAAGAUAUCUGGAAAGAAGAUCUCGAUCCAAGGGUUGCAGUGUGCGCCCGGACCGUGCCAGUCUUGAAAUCUGAAGCUGCAAGGCUUCGAAAGCUUAUCGCCGAGAUUGAGGAGGAGAAUCGCGAGUUGGAGGCGGAAUUGCAGGAAAAAGUGAAAGCGACUGAUGAUGCUAAUGAACAAGUGUUAAAAACCUUGGAUAAACUCGAUCUAAUUUUACAAGAGUGGAAAUCACUACCCCAAGAAGAAAUUGAAGCAUGGACCGCACAGACUGUCGAAUCCUUGAGCCCUAAACUACGCUCAUAA